UGGGUUCAGACUGUCUUUGCCCUUCCCUUCAUAUCAACCUGACACAUCUGUAGCUACCACUUUAAUGAGGGUGGCUUCUUCCCACCUCUGCCCUGAAGCUGUAUCACAGACACUUUCUGGCUUUGGUGUGACACUGGCCCUGUGCUGACAGGCCUCUGCAUAUUUUAGCUCUAGUUGUAGGCCUGUUCUUAGCCAGAGGGAAUGUAAUUUGCGGAAAAUGGUGAGGUUUGGCUGUAUCACCUGCAUCUCUAGUCAUGAAUAACAAGGAAGAGGCAGGGCACAUGUAUAAUGCAGCAUCUGGGGGAGGAACUGCUUAUGUAACUAGGACAGCAGCUUUUUUAGCAGGAGGAGAGUGGAGACAGAGGCUGCGGAUGGGAGCAGUGAGCUGUCGGCAGGGGCAAGGUGCCCGGGUGGCUGCCCCUCACAAGCAGGGUGGCAACAUCCAGAGCCCCUGGCCCCGAGGCUGGAAGAGCUUCUGGUCAGGUGUGGGGACCACCAGGUCAGGUCUGGAAGAGCUGUGGGGAUUACGGGGGCAUCAGUACCUGCACCAGGAGCCCCUGGAACCAGCCCCACUGCUAGUAGAGAAGUCUCUGUCUAAGUGGCCUGUGCCUCAGUUCAUCAACCUCUUUCUGCCUGAGUUUCCCAUUAGGCCCCUUAGCAGGCAGCAGCAGUUGAAGAUUUUAGGCCUUGUGGCCAAAGGCUCCUUUGGAACUGUCUUCAAGGUGCUAGAUUGUGGCCAGAAAGCUGUAUUUGCAGUGAAGGUGAUGUACAAGGUAAAGGUCCUACAGAGGGACACCCUGAGGCAGUGCAAAGAGGAGGUUAGCAUUCAGCGACAGAUCAGCCAUCCUUUUGUACACAGUUUGGGGGACAACUGGCAGGGCAAACGGCACCUCUUCAUUAUGUGCAGCUACUGCAGCAGAGAUCUGUACUCCCUCUGGUCCACUGUUGGCUGCUUUGCUGAGGCUUCCAUCUCUAUAUUUGCUGCUGAGUUGGUCCUGGUGCUGUGCUAUCUUCAUGACUUGGGCAUCAUCCAUCGAGAUGUGAAGAUGGAGAAUAUCCUUCUGGACGAACGAGGACAUCUGAAACUGACAGACUUUGGUCUGUCCCGCCACCUGCCCCGGGAAGCCCGAGCCUAUACUAUCUGUGGCACUCUUCAAUACAUGGCCCCAGAGGUCCUGAGUGGAGGGCCUUACAACCAUGCUGCCGAUUGGUGGUCCCUGGGUGUCUUGCUUUUCUCUCUGGCAACUGGAAAGUUCCCAGUGUCUGCAGAGAACGACCAUGUGGCCAUGUUGGCAAGUGUGACCCACUGUGACUAUGAGAUCCUGUCCUCUCUUAACCAGCAGCUCUCACUCCUGCUUCAAGAGCUCUUAUCCAAGAACCCCUUCCACCGUCCACACUAUCUGCAUCAUUUCCAAGUCCACCCUUUCUUUCGGGGUGUGGCCUUUGACCCAGAGCUCCUACAGAAGCAGCCAAUGAACUUUGUCAUGGAGGCACAAGCUACCCAGCCCAGUUCACUGGAAUCCAUGCCCUUCAAGGAUUUCGACUAUGAGCUGAAGUCCUUCCUGGUCCACCCCAGCCCUGCUUAGGUUAGGACACAGCUGGGAACCUGAGGAUCUCCUCUACUGCCAACUCAGUAUGACCACCUUGAUGAUCCAGUUUGUUUUUACUUUAUAGCCCCUUACUAUUGUUAUUUUAGGCAUUGGACCAGAGGUAACAUCUUGGGCAUUCUACUGCUGGCAGCCACAACUGGCCCUAGCCCUUCAGCCAUCAUACAUGACACCUGUCAAUUCAACAUCUCAGAUCAGGGUGGUGAUCCUUCCUUUGUGUCACUUUUCCCCCUUUCUUGUUCCUCUGUCAUGUUUCCUUUCUUGAGCAAUAAUGAUGCUUCAUGGGUUCCCAUGGUGUUACUUAUGUGUUUAAUAGGCUUGUCAGAAGCAGUAUGAAUAUUUUUCAAAGAUCUCAAAAGCUGGCAUUUCUACCCCUUACAUAGGGGACUAAAUAAUGCAACUAAAAAAUAUGAUAUGGGGGCUCAAGGCCAGUCUAUUAUAAAUCUAAUUUUAAAAAGUUAAAAAAGUGAACCUAAUAGCCUGAAUAUUGUGAGGAUGGCACCGGACUGGGCAGUGUUUCGUUCUGUUGUACAUAGGGUCAGUAUGAGUUGGAAUCGACUCAGUGGCACCUAACAAUCUAACCUAACAAUAGCCUGAAGGAAGAAGAUGAUCGGAACCGAAACAUGGGUGGGUUAAAUGUCUUCUCUAGGGGUAACUGGAACAGCUAUCAAAUUUUUUCCAAAACAAAACCACCUCAAAAGAUGUUAAGAGUUAUUAACACUGAUCAAUUUCUGAUGGGCAAACCAAGGGGUGUUUCAUGGAGAGGCAUGACAUCAACCUUAAAGAUUUAAGUUUAGAGCUAUAUCACAAAAGAACUUUUUCUUUUACUAAAGAAAAUCAUUUGGAUCAUGAAUUUGUAUACACUUUUGGCCUUUAUGACUUAUUUUCAUUUUUCUUUAACUUCUUAAAAGCUUUUUUUCCCCCCUGCAAUUUUAGGGGGAAAAAUGCUUUAAUCUAGAGCAUACUAUAUUUCAGUUGUGUCUGAUUUCUCUUUCCAGACCAAAGACAGUCUGGAGAAUACCCUGUAUACUUUUAUUAAUUCUGUCCCUGGAUUAUAUCAGAUUUUCCCUGCACAUGGCUGGCAUUUUAUAGGUCUCUGCAGAAUUGCCUUUUUUCUGAAUUGUAGUUUGGCAUGAUGCCACCUGCUUUCAUUAAGAGAUGUUAUAAGGAAAAUUCCAGUGAAAUCCCUAUGAAACUUAAUUGCUGUGAAUACUGUAAAGAAUGUUUAUCAUUAUAGUUCAUAGUGUUCCAUUUAAGGAUGCAUGGGAGAAGUUUCCUCUGGUCCCAGUUGUGUUUUUCCUGAAUUGCUAUUUGGUUUUUACCUUAAGGACACUAAAUAUUCAACUUACUGUAUUUUUCUUUUUGUACUGAUGCCAGACCAUUUAGAGCCCAAGUUGUGGCCCACAUCUAGCAUGUGAUGCAUUUUCUAUGCUAGCUACAUUCUCGAUUUCAUCUUUCUUCUCUACCUUUAUUUUCAUCUUCAUUUUUCUAAGUUUUAAUCUUUUUAAACUUACUGUUUUACCUGCAUCUUUGUAAGUCUUUUUGGAAUAAGGUUGGGGUAUAAAUAAAUAAAAAAUGUAUCCUUAAUCCUUUUGAUUAUCCCAUGUGUUUCUCCAUAGACCCUUUUCUAGCUUUAUUACAUGUUUUUUCUUAUUAAGUUGUUGUAGUGACCAGAACUGCACAUUGAAUAAAACCCUGGAUAUUAAAAAUAGGAAUUAAUGGUUUCCAAAAUAGUAGUUAAGAGCACUGGAUUGGAAUUUAGGAGACCUGGUGCCUGGAUCCACCAAUAACUAUGUCAGUGUCUUCAGUUGAGUCAUUUUAGCCUCUCUAGAUCUUAGUUUCCUAAUGCAUAAAAUGAGGGGGUUGUAACUAUUGAUUCUUAAUCGUGGGGUUUGGUUGUAGGUUCUGUGAUGCUUUUUCAAAGGGCAGAUACAGAGGACCCGAUAUUUUGUGAUACUGUGUAUGGCCCAGCGUUAUAUUGGUCUUUCUGGUCAGAGCAGCACAUUGGGUUAAGGUCAUUAGGAAUUGGUUAACAUAAUGUCACUAGAUAUGGGACAAAGAACUAAGUUGGCGUUUUGUAUGUGGUUUCUAAAAAGAGCCUGAGCAAUUAAAAUAGCCAGGCAGGUAGGGGCUCCACAGCUUCCACACCUGGCAAACUAACUUCAGGAAGGGAGGGGAGCACGAUGUAGCCAUACAUAUUCAUUUUGUAUGAUCAUAACUAUGCAUUAAGGCUCCAGUCAUGCAUAUUCAUUGAGACCUCAAUGAGUAGGGGACUCUGGACCUUAGAGCUCCCUUUUGGGGGGGCUUCCAGGGUUGGUGAGAACAUC